AUGAUGAAUCAUCCAGACAGUUGAUUGAAAGUAUAAUGCCAUACUUAAAACCUGACUUGGGUUUGAUUUCUUCUCAAGUUGUUCACGAUUUUCUUCAUAAAGUCAAAGAUGCACCCUUGUCCGCACGUGGUUCAAUUCUUCAUAUAAUUGACCAAACAAAAGAUAGUGAAACUUUAAAAGGUUUAGUAAAUGAAAGAGCUUGUUAUCUUCUGAGAAAUUGGGUCAAAGAGGAAGCAAAAUCACCAGAAAGCGAUUUAUUACAUAAAUUGCUUCAAACCGUUAAUCACCUUCCAAUUGAUACUGAGGCGUUAUCUGCAAGUGGGCUUGGGAGGGUAAUUAAUAACACUAGAGUUAAGGAUUCUCAAAUACCAGGUGUAUCCGAAUUAGCGUCUCUAUUAAUAAACAAAUGGAUCGAUGAGAAAAGGCGAGCCGAUGAGAGGGCAACAUCCGCGAAAUCGUCAUCUCAAUCUUCACAGGCUACAUCCUCAAAGGCGGUUAAAGGAAGGGAGAUUGCUGGUCGCGUAAGGCCACCCUCAGAGUCUAAAGUUGAUCCUCGAAUACAAGCAAGACCAGAUACCAGUCUCUUUGAUGAGAUUUUAGGAAAUCUUAAUGCAACAAAGCCGGCAAGACAAGGACAGGUCAAUAGAGUUACGCAAAAAGAUCAAAAAACUGUAACUCCCGCUAAGAAUAAGAUCGAUAAACAGAAUGUACAGACGACCCAAGCUAACGAGAAGCAAAGUUCAUCGACACAAGUAAAUUCGUCGGGCACCGGAAUUCAGAAAUCAAUUAUGGAUUUGGUUGAGGAAAACAUAAAAGAAACCAAGAAAGAAGCAAAAACAAUUACUAAAAAAAGGAAAAGAGUAACAUUUGCUCCAGAUAAUAUGCUCACUCAGGUUAAAUUGUUUGAAAUGGAGGAGAGGGACUACAUGGAAGGAGA